AUGGCGAACCCUUUGAUGGACGGGCAUAGCUUGGUUUUAGACGACGUUUUGGCAAAGUUCAAAGUGCAUGGCCGUUAUCACGUGGUUACUAUUAUGGUCUUAACCAUAGGGCUUAUGUUCGAGUUUAUAUGGUAUACUAACCACGUUAUUGUAGCUGGGAAAAUUGAAUACAGAUGUAAUAAGUUCAGUUCAAAGUUGAAAAACCUAAGUAGCAGCUCGAACAUAAUUGUGUGCAAAAAUCCUGAGUUGUGUUCAGAAUGGAUCUAUGAUAAUCCAGACAGUUUUGUGGGGGAGUUCCAGUUGGCAUGUCAAGAAUGGAAGAGAACUUCAGUUGGAAGCGUACACUGUUUCGGAUACAUGCUGGGGCUUCUCACCGUAGGCCCAUUGUCUGACAGAUUCGGAAGGAAGACACUGGUUAUAAUGACAGGUGUAGCAGGCGGCACUUUAGGGAUCGCCAAGAGCUUCGCCAGGUCAUACUGGCAUUACGUGACAUUCGAGUUCUUGGAAGCGGCUAUAGGUGAUCCAAUAUCACCAAUAUACACGCUAGGUAAGAAAGUCUGUAAAAUAUUAUAUUUAAUUAAAUCAUAUGAUAACUAUCCUAUUGAAAUGGUUGCAUCUAAAUCGCGGGCCACAUAUACAACUAUAUGCAUGACGGGAGCCGGUCUUGGGGGAAUAUUAUUCGCCCUGGCAGCCUGGAUGAUACCAUACUGGCGAACCUUGCUGAGAGUCGUAUACGCGCCCGGACUACUCGCAAUAUUUUUUAUCUAUUUACUCGAUGAAAGCCCAAGGUGGCUCCUAGCCAAUGGAAAGAAGGACAAAGCAGUGGAAAUAAUAACAAGAGCAGCUAAGCUUAAUAACAUGGAAAAAGAAGAACACCUAAACAUAAUUUCGUAUGAAAAAAAUAAGGGUCCAAGCUUUGCGACAGUAAUAAGAGACACGUUCAAAUCAAGUUCCCUCUUGAAGCGAUUUUUCGUUUGUUCUGUAUGGUGGAUUGCAGGAACUUUUGUAUAUUUUGGAUUGAUUGUAAAUUCAACGUUUUUACAAGGCAACAAAAAUUUAAAUUUUGGACUUACAGCUACAAUGAAAUGCGUGGGAAAUUUUUGUGCUGGGAACAUUAUUAAUAAGUUCAACAGAAAAGUUCCUUUGAUUGUGUGUUUUGUGGCUUGCGCUAUCCUAUGCGCUGGACAACCUUUUUUACCAAAAAGCUAUGGAAGAGCACUUAGCUUCGAUCGUAUACAAUAUGAUGUCUAUUUUUCAGAUCUUCUGUGGCUGCAGAUAACCAACUACAUGGUGGGCUUUCUGUUGUCAUGUACGAGCUUCUGCAUUAUCUAUAUAUUCACGUCGGAGCUGUUCCCCACUCAGUCAAGGAACUCUAUGCAUGCAUUGUGUUCCGCAGUUGGAAGGAUUGGCUCUAUGAUAUCGCCUCAAACGCCUUUGUUGAUGGCGUAUUGGUCCGGUCUGCCAACACUAACGUUCGGUGUAGUGUCCCUGACGGCGGGGCUCGUGACGCUGUUCGUGCCGGACACGACGGACCAAAGUCUGCCGGACACAGUUCGUCAGGCCGAGAAAAUGGAAACAAAAAUUUUAACAAAUCGUUCUCGUCUUAACAUGGAUGAAAAAUCAAUGCAAACAUUUUAAUUUCAUUGAUUACUUUUUAGUAAAUAGAGAAGUUUCAUCUGAGGCUUUUGAAUGUCGGCCAUCAUUAUUUAGUUAAUUUUACAUACAAAGUAUGUUUUAAAUAUUGUUUUACAGGUUUAUUUUUAAUUUAUACGGUACAUAUACAUUGAUGUUAUAUUAUUAUAACUAAAAUAAAAAUUAUGAAGUUUACCCAAUGCUCUAACCGGUCUCUCUUCUUUGUCGUUUCGCUCUUGGCAGAGCAGUCGUGGUCACGUUGAGACGGGCAUCGAUAGUAGAGACGGACACAGCUCUUAGCACGAACUUCCGCCAUCUCACCCUGUUGGUAGACUGUCUGGCACAUUUCGGACACGCGGUUUCCAACUGCG